AGUGGGUGUCACCGAGCCUGUCUUCCGGGGAAACCGUAGAAGAAGAAGAAAUGACCAGGAAGUCGAAGUGGUCGCUCUUUCCUGUGGAAUUUGGUUGAUUCGAUGUUUUUAAUGUCUGAGAGAGGAAGUUACGUUGUUACGCUGACCUGCGGAUUUCUGCAGAGGAACUCGUUUUAGGAAAUGCCUUUGUUUAUUCAGAAUAGAGGGUUAGACCGUAUAAACUCCACAGCGGAACUGUUCGACACAUAUCCUCAUUUACAGGAUAGUGCAAGAACAUUUCGCUCCAGGCCGCUUGUUGAAGUGGACCCAAAGUGCCUCCUGUAUAUCCAACAACGAGAGUUUGCUGCAACGACCCCAGCAGACAAUAGUGUUUCAGUAAUUGGAUCUGAUGACGCCACCACCUGCCAUUUGGUUGUUCUGCGACACACUGGAAGUGGUGCUGUCAGCCUCGCUCACUGUGAUGGCUCCAGCACUUGGUCUGAAGUCCCACACCUUGUGAAAUCUGUCACGUCGCUGAGUAAAGUCAGUAAGGAGGGCAGACUUGAGCUCCACCUUGUUGGGGGAUUUAACGAUGAGUCAAAGACAUCCCAUAAACUCAGCCUUAACAUACUGGCAGCGUUUCAUAAACAGAAAGAGGAUGUUCAUCUGGAAACAUGUUGCAUCACAGAAAUGAACGAUGUUGUUGUUGAUGGGAUUCAUAGACCGGUAGUGUAUGGAAUAGGUGUAAAUGUUAAAACAGGGGAUCUUUUCCCUUCAUCAUUCACUCAUAAAGGACCUGCAGAGGAGCUGAGAUCAGCACGGACCUUCACUGGAGGACAGAUGGCUGACAUAUAUGACUCAAGUCGGGGACUUGUAAAAAUCGGCCCCUGCGAGUGGUCUUCAAAUCUGGAUAUUGCCUUCUGGUUGUCACAAAAUGAUGACACAAUUUUAAAGUACCUGUCCACUUCUCCGAUGGCUGAACCACCACACUUUGUCCAGCACAUGAAGUCCACCAUCCAGUUCCUUUUACAGCACCCCGACUCGGACAGCCUGUUUCCUGGCGGUCAUCCGCAGCUGUACCACAGGACUGAGGCGGGGGAUUGGGAGAGGGCUGUCCAGUCAUAGAUGCCCACUCCCAUUUUUCCCCUGAACCUCAAACAUGAAACAGAUUUUUUUUUUGCCUCUCGGUGCAUUGGAAACACUGUGACUCUUUCACCCUCUAUCAGUUUUUUUAUUCAUCGUGUCUUAUUAAGAUGGUGACCAGGCAGGACCCUAUGUCUGCUGAUUGGCUGUCCUGACUCAUCUGGCUGGUCCGGUAAAGGGAGAAGAGGAAGAAUAAAUGAUUCUGUUGAUGCCUGUUGAACAGUAAACUUCCACUCUUGUGAGGUAGUUUAGAGCCUGCACCUUACACCUCCUGCUGGGUUGCAGGGUGUUAAGGUCAAUGUCCUUCUAUGCCUGCUUAUCCAGUUGAUUUUGUAUUUUAGCCUAAAAACUACAACUGCUGAACUGUGUUCCAAAGUAUAAGUUCAGUUUAUACUAGUACGGGACAGCCUUGAAAUGUGAUGGCCUUCAUAUUACUGUUGCCAGUUACUAUGGGCAAGAAAUCAAACCUUAAGGGUAAACAUGAAGCCGACGUGGGAGUUGUGAAUAGGAUCAGAGGAUUAUAUCAGCUGCACAAUGAGGAUUGUUUUGCAUUCAAAGGUUGCUUUUCAGCUGUUGACAUUUCCCACACGUACCUGAAUGCACCAACAAAGAUUGUAUUCAUGUAACUGCCAAACAGAAAAGACAUUGCCAAUGAUUAUUGAGAAUACUGCGAGUUUCAAGCACUGCUAUUUACAAAAUCUAAAAUAUGAAAUAUACAUUUAGGUGCAAAUUCAAUUAAGAGCUUAUACUUUGGAAAUAAAGACUUGAUUUGUAGUUAAUAGGCUAAAACAUGUACAUAAAAACAUCUGUGUGGCCCUUUAAAUCUAGCACUUGACCUGCUGCUUCAGAGUCAUUAAAGGUGAUGAAUUUAAUGAAGCAUAAACAAUGAAAAUAUGAAUUCAUUUUGGCACCUUGUUAAAACUGAAGAAAUUAACAGUAGCUAAACUUCACUGCUGAAGCUAAACAAAGUUCAUUUUCUCUACUAACGCACCUUCCUGAUGAGAGUGAAAUGUAUGUGCUGUAUAGUUGGCUUUGAAUGUGUACGCUUUAGAAAAUUGCAUGUGUUAAGGUCUAUGUUAAUCUAAAAGAGAUGAUACAGAUUCUUUUGAAACAUAAAACAAUGGAUAUCAA